GCCCGUUGCCAGGGCGACGCCUGCGAAGAUGGCGGCUGCGUCUCCGUUGGAUUUCGACGGCGGCAAAGCUGAGAGCAAUGAAGCCAGUUCGAAAUGGCUGGAUGCGCACUACGACCCCCUGGCCAACAUCCACACCUUUUCCGCCUGCCUGGCGCUGGCAGAUCUGCAUGGGGACGGGGAGUACAAGCUGGUGGUGGGGGACCUUGGCCCGGGCGGGCAGCAGCCCCGCCUGAAGGUGCUCAAAGGACCCAGAGUACUGACUGAAAGCCCACUCCCUGAGCUACCGGCCGCUGCUGCCACCUUCCUCAAGGACCACCAUGAGCCCCGAACACCAGCUCUGGCACUUGCUUCAGGCCCUUGCGUGUAUGUGUAUAAGAACCUUAGGCCCUACUUCAAGUUCAGCCUGCCCCAGUUGCCUGCAAACCCCCUAGAAGAAGAUCUUUGGAACCAAGCCAAAGAGGACCGGAUCGACCCCGUGACCCUGAAGGAGAUGCUGGAAGACAUCCGGGAGAAGGCAGAGGUGCCGUUGUCUGUACAGUCGCUCAGGUUUCUGCAGCUGGAGCUGAGUGAAAUGGAGGCGUUCGUGAACCAGCACAAGUCCAAGGCCAUCAAACGUCAGACAGUCAUCACCACCAUGACCACCUUAAAGAAGAACCUGGCUGACGAAGAUGCUGUGUCAUGCUUGGUGCUGGGCACUGAGAACAAGGAGCUCCUGGUGCUGGACCCAGAGGCCUUCACCACUUUGGCCACGAUGAACCUACCCAGCGUCCCCGUCUUCCUGGAGGUUUCUGGCCAGUUCGAUGUGGAGUUCCGGCUUGCCGCUGCCUGCCGCAAUGGGAACAUCUACAUCCUGAGAAGGAGAGUCUCUCUACUCCACAGAGACUCCAAGUGCCCCAAGUACUGCAUCGAGCUGAGCGCCCAGCCUGUGGGGCUUGUCCGGGUCCACAAGGUCCUGGUGGUGGGCAGCAACCAAGACAGCCUGCAUGGCUUCACCCACAAGGGUAAGAGGCUGUGGACGGUGCAGAUGCCUGCAGCCAUCCUGACCAUGAACCUCCUGGAGCAGCAUUCCCGGGGCCUGCAGGCCGUCAUGGCCGGGCUAGCCAAUGGAGAGGUCCGCAUUUACCAUGACAAGACCCUGCUCAAUGUCAUCCGCACCCCGGAUGCAGUGACCAGCCUUUGCUUUGGCCGCUUCGGGCGGGAAGAUAACACCCUCAUCAUGACGACGCGAGGUGGUGGCCUGAUCAUCAAGAUCCUGAAGCGCACAGCAGUGUUUGUGGAGGGGGGAGGUGAGCUGGGCCCCCCACCAGCCCAGGCCACAAAACUCAGCGUGCCCCGAAAGACGCGGCUUUAUGUGGACCAGACGCUGCGAGAGCGGGAGGCCGGCACCGCCAUGCACCGGACCUUCCAGACCGACCUCUACCUGCUGCGCCUCCGGGCCGCCCGUGCCUACGUGCAGGCCCUUGAGUCCAGCCUGAGCCCCGUGUCUGCGACAGCCCGGGAGCCACUCAAGCUACACGCUGUGGUUCAAGGCCUGGGCCCCACCUUUAAGCUCACACUGCACCUGCAGAACACCUCGACAGCCCGGCCCAUCCUGGGGCUGCUGAUCUGCUUCCUGUACAACGAGGCACUCUAUGCCCUGCCCAGGGCCUUCUUCAAGGUUCCCUUGUUGGUGCCUGGGCUCAGCUACCCCCUGGAGACCUUUGUGGAGAGUCUCAGUGACAAGGGCAUCUCAGACAUUAUCAAGGUGCUAGUGCUUCGAGAAGGCCAGAGCGCACCCCUGCUGAGUGCCCAUAUCAACAUGCCUGUGAGCGAGGGGCUGGCAGCUGCCUGACCCCUGGACUGGAAUUAAAGCCCCUGCGGAAUGGGACCAGGAAGAUCCAGCCCCUUUCACUGACUGGGCAGAGGCAGUGGCCAGCCUGCUCCCCGCGCAGCAGGUGCUGGGCCACAGCGUCCCUCUCCCCUCCUAAGCUCCCCGUGCUCGCCAUCCGACCGCUGGUGACCUACAGCAGCAGGUCAGUGACAACCCAGGAGGUUCAGCGCCUUUCCUCUCAGGAAGGUGCAGGCGCCGGCUCACUGGGCUCCUGCUGCUCCUCUGUCCUCCCCACUUUCCUCCAGAGACCACACCCAAGCCCAGAGGAACAGCUCUGACACAGUCAAGGUGAGAUGAGGGGCACGGCUCACCUUCUCCUUUGCCGCUCCCCUUAGGCACAGCGCCCAUUGCUGCUGCUGGCCCAGCCAGAGGUGGCUGGGGCCUGGCCUGGGACAGUCAGAGGCUUUACUGGGUGAGACUGAACCCCCUGUUGCUCCCUGGGGUUCCAGAGGCUUAGCUGCUGCCAGUUCAGCUUGAAGCAAAACACAUGCUCUGACCUCCCCUCGUGAGCUGGGCAGGGGCCCUUCUUCCUAUUCGGGGGCCCUAAGUAUAGCUGCCUCCCCACAGGGGGCUUUUCUGAAAUCUUGGGCUCAGUCAAGGUCUCAGGCCCGUGAUGCUCCAUGCAGAGGGCAUGGGGUGAAGACAGCACAGGCACUGCUCCCGACAGGAUGCUUGGGUCCAGAAUGUACACCCAGGAGAGCAAGGCUCAGGUCGACGGAGCAGAGAGGGUGCUGGGGGGCACAGAGGGGCAUUUCUGGGGCUCUGGGGAGGUGGCACAGGAGGCAGAAUCCCAGAAUUGCCCAUCAAGAUGCGCUUCAAUGCCCUGGAGCCCAGAGCAGCCAUGUGAGUGGAAAGUUCACCGGGCAGUGGCCAUAGUGUGAGGGAAUUCGCUGCAAAGGCAUGGACCAGAGGCUCGAGUGAGUCAAAAGGCUGAACAAAGGCACAUGUUUAGCCCACAAGAACCAGAGACCCACAGUCCCGGCCCUCUGUGCCUCACAGCCCUGGCCAGUCUGCCUGGCCACCUCUCGGCAUUCUGGGGUGCCACUCCUGACACAGGAGCCCCACUCCCAAGCCAGGGGCCCCACUCCCGGAGGACCUACAUCUUCCCCUCUCUGAGCAGGAGCAGCCCGAUGUGUGGGGACAGCUCAGGGUUGUAACCCAAUCCCUGGGGACCUUAGUUUCCCCUUGUGUAAAAUGAGGCAGUUUGACCGGCUUCCGCUCUAAAAAUCCUAUGAGCUCGGCAGCCCCUCUAGAGGAAGUGAGUCGGCUCCAGAAAAGGGGAUACUUGACAGGAAUAACUGCAGAGACUUUGCCCUGAGGCUGAGGGCCCCAAGCUGACGGCCACUGCCAGGCAACAGCCUCUGUGCCCAAGACACAGUGAGGGACUGGGGUGACAGCCACAGCCAAAUGGUUAAGACAAGCAAGGGGUCUAGACAAAAAAGAGCCCAUCCCCCUCUCUGUACAGUCCACACGCGCAGACAUGGACCAAUUGGGAGAGGACGGUGAAGGGUUCUGGAUCAAAGCAACUGAUGUGCAGGGGGAACACACAGGAGGUUUCACCUGGAAAUGGACAGACAGGGAGAGGGCGUUGGGGCACAGCAGGGUCACUGUCAGAGGCUUAGCUUAACCUGAAGAGCUUUCUCAGGGAGCUUAUCCGACAAGGAAGCGCCUGCCCUAGAAGGUGUAGCCCCUUGUCACUGGCGCUGUGUCCUGCGGGCUGGGCUACCACCGCUCAGGUGGCUGUGUUGAACCAGAUGACCUUACAGCUCCUCUCACCCCAGUCAAGUGAUGAACUGUGUGAACUCGGAACAAAAAGGUCUGCUCUGGGUUCCAUGGCUAUUCAUGACGAAAGCGGAGAAACUGCUCCUAGGCCCAGCAACCAACGUGAGUUUAUAUGAUGGACUACCAUGUGCUGUCACUAAAAACACAUGAACUGCGGUGAUGUGGACAGUGUAAGUGAAGCAAGAAGCAGUGCGCGGGACCCAGGGCCUCACUAGUCAGGACUCCGGGAAAUUGUGUACAUUAAGGAGGAGAGUUGGUGCCUGUAAAAAGAAUGUUUAUCUAAAAACACGAACCUGCUUAGUACUAUGGAAUUAGGCCGUAAGAAGAAAAGCGUCUCCCCACCCCAGCACUGCUCCCCUGCUAGUCACUUGCAGGCAUCUUAGCUGUUUAUUUUUGUAACAUGCUUACACGGGUCUUGCUCGAUUUGUCAAUCUCAGACACUGUCUGCUGGCUCCCUUUCCUAACAGAUGAGGGACACCAUCCCUUCCUUGUCUUUCCAGUUUGUAGGUGAAUCAAUAUUCAGUUUGGAUUACAAUUUAUAUUAUGAUGUGAAACUUAUUCACUGUGAACCAAGAAUUGGGCUAUAAUUAAAUUACCUUUUGAGUA